AUGGCAACCAAGCUGACCUUCAUUCGCGGCGCUUUUCGAAACAUUUCGUUCGCGGCCGCCGGGGCGUGUCAGUGGGCGGAGCGGCUGCGUCGCGGUCCCGCCGCUCGCCGAUAUAUAAGCCUCAGCGCGGCUGGUAGACCACCGAUGCAUAACGCAGUUUCGCAACCAACAUGUGAGUCGAUUUUGACCAUCGCGACUGCCUGUUCAUCCGUCAGGCCUACGGCUCAGACUCGCAGCUUCUUCUAAUUCCUAUUCCGACGCUCGUCCCUGUUUGCGUCCGAUGAUAAAUCUCGAGAAGAAUGCGCUGUCUUCCGGCGGCUCCUCCGCUUUUUCGAGGAGGCGGACGACCUUGAGCGCAUGGAGCGCCAGUGCUUCGAUCCGACUUCCGGCUCCUUCGCCAAUCACACAUGGAGGCUCCGAUCUUGGUGACUUGCGCCCCUUCGCCGACAACCGUCGCUCCAUCGAAUAGCUUAUUUUUGUUGCGACGUCCUGCAGGUCUUGAACCGGCGGAGGCCCUCCGCUUCCGGUCAUACGGUGGACCAAUGGAAGCUUGGCCGCAAGCCGCCGAUUCAACCCCUGCUCAUCGUCCUCCAGUUUCUCUUGUUUUCUCCCUGAUGGUUUGCUCACCGUCCGUUUCCUACUUUGCCUUCCAAGUGCCCUUGUUAGGUUUUCAUAUUUAUUACUUAUCGGGCCAAUAUUUUUGUAUAUACUGACCAAACAAAAAAACUGUUUCAAAAAUGUACAAAAAAUGACUACAAAUAAGAAAACCCCCCUGCAACAAGCAGUUGAUCUGCGGUGUCUCUCGGUUGUUUUUAUUUUCCCGCGUUCUUCCAGUAACUAUUCUCGCCAUGUUGUUUUUAAUGUAUUUUGUUACAAAUAGCUAUGCGCUCUUUCACUUUAUUUCGUUCGUUUUAAUUAUUGAAAGACGAGUAAAUUUUUUUUCUUUUCUCAUCAACUGUUGUGUUGUUUUCAACGAAAUACGCAUGGGAAACACGAAGAAAGAAGAAAAACAAACAUUUCUUGGUGCACCAGGUCGCCAAAAGCAACGCGACAUUGUUUUCGAGUCCAAUGCCUGAUCGUUCCAACUCUCGCGUGAUCUGUCACGUUUAAGUUUUCUCUUUUGUUUUCUUUCUUAUCAUCCACAAUUCGACAAGUGUAAUUCGUUAAACUAGUGUCCGCUGAGUCAAGGAUUCCUCCCACGUCUUGGUAGAACCAGAUUGGGACGACUGUAAAAAUAAAAAGUUCUUUUUCGACAGGGAAACCCGCGGGUAUUCAAUGAAAACGAACUUUUUUCCAAGACAAAAAAAAAAAUUGAAAGAUGUGUAGAAGAGUCUCGAAGGGCCCACGCAGGUGUUUCGCAGAGAGCAGGGGUUAUUUGCGGAGUGAUUUUCUCGGUCGUUGGUCCACAACAAAAGACCAAGACGCAACGUCACCGAUCAACAUCGAUCGAUAAUUGGACGAUCGCCAAAAACACUCUCAUUACGCCCAAAGGGCUUGUUUCAAAACGCUUCGAGCGUCUCAUACACGUGUUCCGAUUUCUGUUCAUUCACUUUUUGCGCCCGAAUCGGCUGAAGACACAGGAUAUUUUCUGGGUUACCUCUAAAUAUAUAGUAGCAUUGGUCAUUUUGAACGGAGAAUUGCUGACCUUCGCCAUUUUUGUAGUAGUUUUUUAG